AUGUAAUACAGCUGAGCGUCACUAAAGUGUUCUGCAUUACCCGCGCAGCCUAAUGCGCAGAGCGCACAGUGAAGAAUGGAGAGGAAUAAGACCUAUAGAUCAUCCUAAAUUCACUGAUAUACAUUAUACCUAAAGUAGAGAGAACCCAUUUUAAACUGUCUUUAGUAUCAACGCGUAUCUUUUACUGCAUUUGAGAGUUUGCAUAUUACCUCUCUGCGUUUUACGCGGACCUGGAAGACUCUUUUUUUUAUAUAAGGAAAAAACAGUGACCCGCGCGGAAUUGCUUUUAUUCUAGGCAGUUUGCACGAGUAAGGUAAGACGGCGUAUCAUGGGCACUCUACUUGCAUUAAUAUUAGCGCUCUCCAUGAGCGCAUCAUGGGGAUGCCAACUGCCCCACGACUGGAGACCUCAGACGGAAGCGUGCCGCGCAGAGCUGGCGGAGAUCAUAGUCUUUGCCAAGGUGCUCGCUCUCCAUAAGGAGUCUUACAGCGUGUACAACUACCUGCCGUGGCAGUACGACACGGAUCUGUUCUUCUCCGCGGAGAUCGAGCUGCUAUGCGACCAGGCAUGGGGCAGCAUGCUGGAAGUGCCAGCCGGGUCCAGGUUCAAUGUCAGCGGGCUGGGAUAUUUCCCCUGCCACUCGUACACUGUCGUGGAGAACAACUCAUAUUAUUUCUUUUUGAGGAUGGAUGAAAACUACAGCAUCAUUCCCCAUGGAGUCAACUUCCAGGACCCCAUCUUCUCUGACACCCCAGAGAACCAUCGCAUGUUUGCCAGCUUGUUCCAGUUUUCCAACUGCACAGCUGGCACACAGGUUCACAUGUACACCCCAGACUGGGAAGUACAAGAGGACAACAGACUAUGGUGCUCCAAUGUGCAGAAGGCCUUAUUUGAGGAGGAAGAGAAAGUCAAAAACCUCUCUCAGAAAGUAAAGGUCCUGGAGAAAGCCAACAAUCACCUGAAGGACAAGGUGAAGAACAUGAAACGUCUCUUGAGGCAGGCCAAACGUGAGACCAAAGAGCCAGUUCAAAGCUUCAAACAGCUUCACGAAGCUGAACCAGAGUUACCACAUCCACAACAGGACACCACUCUCAGGAAAAUCCUGCCAAAAAAAGCUUAACAGUUAAAAGCCAUUCCUGCAAUAAAAAAAAAAUUAAAAAUAAAAGUGUAUUGGAAGAUGUAGGCUAACUUUUCUUUACAGACUUCAGAUAGUUUAGACAAAAAGCUUUUAAAAAUAAAUAAAAAUUUGACUUCACAAUCAUUAAAAUAUCAUGAUCCUUUCAUCAAAAUGUAAAGUUAUUGAUGCAUUGCAAUUUUCAACCACAACAUGAGGUUAAAGGCAUUAAAAUCCACAAUGUGUUUUUUUUUUUUUGUGAAAACACAAUCAUUCUGACUAGAAGCAGAUGAUGUUAAUCAGGCAGAGCCUGAUAAGAUGUAGCACAGUGUUUUGAAUUUAUUUGGACAGGUGUUUUUAUGGAAAUACAUUUUGGCACAAUGUAGCAACACUGACCUUCAGUCUACAAAAUAAAUAAAUAAAUGAAUACAUUUAAGAAAAAAAAAAUCACCCUUUUCUCCUUAAUGUAAAAGUUGUUCAGCUUAAAACUCCAAUAAACAUUUAUGGCCGAGUGCAAGACAGACCCAAAAAAUCUUAUGUGUAGAAGUGUUUCCAUAUGUAAAGUCUUAUUUCAGUUUUUAUGGGUAGAUAUAACCUUAAGAGUCAAUCUACAUCAUGACUCUUGUUUUGGGAUCAGCUUUCUUCAAGUUUUUCAUGUAAUAAUUUCAAGUUAUGUGUUUUAUAAUUGCAAACAAGGUGCUGAGCACUUGACAUAUGUAAUCUUUACUCAGUGAAGUGAACUGUUCAUCAUUUAAAGAACAAUUUACUGACAAGGUUUUGAAACAGUUAUUUUUGUUAAUUUGUUAUUUUUGUUUUUGUUAAUCUGAACUUUCAAUGAUUGUUUCCUGUUUAACACAUCUACAUGUAUGCCAAUGAAAAAUAAAAAAGUCACAUUUGCUUUAAAA